AAAACCCUACUGUUUAUGUUGGUGUGGGGUUUUGGCGACUUUCAUAACAGUUUGAAUGUUGAAUAUUUGAUUCGAAGGAAUUCUGAGCGAAUCUGAUUUUGACAGGUCUGUCCAUUGGAAUGACGAGUCAUUAAUUUAUUGGCCAUUGAAAAGGAUUUUCCGAAAAUCCAAUAGAUUCACAUGACUCUGCAUUUUUUUGUGCAUCCUGUUUUGAUUGGCUGUUGUUGUUGUGUAGGUCGCUAUCUACACUUGAACUAAAAGCGGUAGAGAGCAGUUCACACUUGAACAACAUGUGACGUUAAAGAUGAUUAUCAGAACUGUGACGUUUCACCCAUAGAUCUUGAAGGUCUUCAGCUCACUAGUAUAGAACCAUAACUACUAAGAUAACACACUUCAGAUGCAGUGCCUGGAGCAUCCUGUGGAGAAACUGCACUCGGUUCUCCUCUCCAGACGUAAGGAUCUAGUAGAGGCCUAUGAGAAGUACAGCAGAGAGGAAAAGCAGUUUCUUGAGGAUGGUCUCCUCCCUGGCAGUUCACUUUUCACUGCCAUUACCAUUCACUCUGAUUCUGACUGGAUUCCUGCCCACCCUGAAGCUCCUCAGGACUUCCAGAGCUUCUAUAGCAACCCACACCGAAGCUCACCCAACAGUGGCCAUAAGACCAUUUAUAUUCAAACUAUCGGAUCCUUUGGGGAUGGAGCUGGGAUCACUGAGCAGUAUGUGGAGUGGCUAAGGGAAUACUGUGAGGCAUUUUAUUUCGGCCUGGCCGUCAAGCUCUUACCAGCAGUGAGUGUUGCAGCCACCAGCUGCACAUUUCGUAUCAACAGCAACACAAAUAACCUGCAGCUUCAUGCUGGAGACCUGUUGAUGUUUUUGAAAAAGAGGAAGCCAAAAGAUGCAUUUUGCAUUGUUGGGAUAACCAUGAUUGAUUUGUACCCAAAAGACUCCUGGAAUUUUGUAUUUGGUCAAGCAUCUCUCACUGAAGGAAUGGGGGUUUUCAGCUUUGCUAGAUAUGAUGAUGACUUCUACAAAAGGAGUUAUGCCGGGCGGCUGAAGAAGGCAAUAAAAUUGAAGCCAGGUGACUACAGUGUAUUCCAGGGCUACUACACACCUCCCAUUAGCAGCACUCUGCUCCUCCGCUCGUGUAAGACCCUGACUCAUGAGAUUGGGCACAUAUUUGGUAUCAAGCACUGCCAGUGGCUCCAGUGUGUUAUGCAAGGCUCCAACCAUUUAGAGGAAUCGGAUCGUCGUCCACUAGACCUUUGCCCCAUCUGCCUCAGAAAACUACAGUGUGCCACUGGCUUUAAGAUUGCAGACAGGUACAAGGCUUUGCUACAGUGGAUAGAGAGUGGAACUGGAAGUUCUGACCAUCAGUCAGGCAAACCCACACAAGCUUUCCAACACUUCAGAGAGUGGUUAUGUAAGUGUUUGAGCGUACUGACAGAUGAAACUUUUUAACUCUCUUACAUGUUAGUAAGGACGAUGAGCAGAAAGGAUAUUUAAUAUAUGUUGUGUUUAGAUCAGACAAGAUUCCAUUAUUUUUCUGUGUAGAAACUUUAAUGUAAAUAAAUGUUGAAUUUAAAUUUUACUACAGAAAUAGGACUUUUAAAUGUGUAACAAUUUGCUUAGAUUUGCCUGAAAUAUAUUACUUUAUUACUGUAUUCAACAAAUUAAAAAAAAGUAUCAUUGUGUGAAAAACAUAUUGCUAUUCCAGACACACAAAAUCAUACUUUGUGAAUGUACACUAUAAGCACUUCCUUUCCAAACAUAAAAGAUCAAUGUUUAGUAACAGUAGUGUAAUACUUGUAUAAGUUAUAGUAUUUCAAGUUCAGUUGGAAUGAUGGGUUUUUUUUUCUUCUUCUUCUUUUAAUUAAACUGUAUGUGUAGUUUUCACAUUUCCUGGCACAGUCAUUGUAAAAGCAUUGCAUUAGAUUCACAUGAAGUGACACUCACAUUCUCAUCACACACAUAUUGAGUGUUACUGUCACACGCCGUCAUUCUACACUUGAAGACAUUCAUAGUUAAAUUCAUAUUACUGACCAUGAAAGAACAAUCAUACACUGUGCUUUAACUGCAGAUUAUCAUGAUCACAAAUAUCUAGCAUUUACAGUAAUUCAGCAGUAGUGUGUGUUGACCUAAAAUUACCUAAAGGUAGACAUAAAAGCAGCUAAUCAUGUCAUUGGAAGAAAAAGAAAGCUCAUUGGUCCAAAACCAUGAGGCUCAUGCAGCUGCAGCUGUUCAAGAUUCUGUACAAAAUCCUUCAGGAAUAAAAUACAAAUGAUGCAAGUGUACAGCAUGUACUAUAAGCUAUGUAGUGAGGCAUUGUUUAAGGUAAAUUGGCAUAAUACUGCAAUAAACACCCAAUAAAUUA